UCCACUCCACGGAAGUGAAACCUUCUCUACCCGCGCAGCAUCAUCAUCGCGUCACAUGUGGACUCGUCCGUUCGGAUUCCAUUAUUAACAUUCUAUGACACGUUUGACUGACGCCACCUAAAGGUUGAUUCGAAUUUAACCCAAAUUAAUAGGCAUCGAAUCUUUGAUAUGCCAACAAGGCGGUGAAGUGUGAUAGUAUGUAACGGAUUUGGUGGUGGGAGGGAGGGGGCCCACGCGUCUUCCGUGACGUCACGUCUGGAAAUCCGUGGAAAAGGAAGAUUAGUAGACAUCACCUAACACGCUGAUACAUUUCACAACUAUGAAGGCUUGCUUCAAAGCAUCAGGCGAGGGCCAAGAUGAGUGUCAGAUAGCUGCCGACUGGCUGAUGUCUAAAACGCACAUGCGGCCAACUGUUGGCAUCGUGUGCGGUUCCGGUUUGGGGGGUCUGGCGGAGAUGCUCAAGGACCGUCAGGUCUUCAAGUACUCAGACAUUCCCAACUUCCCUCAAAGCACGGUGCAUGGUCACGCUGGUCAGCUGGUUUUUGGAACACUAACGGGGAAGGCGUGUGUUUGCAUGAAGGGCAGGUUCCACCUGUACGAGGGUUACCCCGUCCAGAAGGUCACGCUGCCCAUGCGAGUCUUCAAGCUGAUGGGCGUGGAGACGGUCAUCCUGACCAACGCAGCUGGAGGCCUCAACCAGAACUAUAAGGUGGGCGACGUCAUGAUCAUCAAGGACCACAUCAACAUGCCGGGAUUUGCAGGAGUCAACCCGCUGGUCGGACCCAACAACGACAGGUUCGGUGUUCGCUUCCCCUGCAUGUCCGAUGCCUACGACCGGGAGCUGUGCAAGCUGGCACACGCUGUGGCAGCAGAGCUGGAUUUCAGUGACUUUGUGCAAGAGGGUGUCUAUUGUGUCCUGGGGGGGCCCUCCUUCGAAACCAUCGCUGAGUGUCGCAUGCUGCACAAGCUAGGGGCCGACGCUGUGGGAAUGAGCACGGUGCACGAGGUGAUCACGGCCCGGCACGCCGGCAUGCGUUGCUUUGCCAUGUCGCUCAUCACCAACCGGGCGGUCAUGGACUACGACAGCCAGGAGAAGGCCAACCACGAGGAGGUGCUGGAGACCGGCCGGCUGCGGGCCGUGCAGCUGGAGCGUCUGGUGAGCACCCUGGUAGGACGAAUGGAGGGGAACCACAACAACAACGCGCUGUGAGGACCACCUCUCAGCUCGGCGGCAAACUACUAUUAGUUAUUUUGACUUUACAGUGUUUCUCGUAGCAUCCAGUUGACACACACACUUCUCUUCCGCUGUAUGGAUGAAACAUUCAAGAAUGUGUGUGUAAUGUUUCACUGUUUUCAGUUUGUAACUUAACUAACUUAAAGUACUGUACUGUUUAUGCAUCAGGCCGUUAACUGAUUCGGAACCAAAAUGAAAAGGGAUUUUUUUUUGUACGCUUUCAUGUUGAGGACCAGACAUCUUUUCAGAUUGAGUGAUUUUAUGCAGUGUAAAACAUGUUACAGAAUAUUUAUAGAAAAUAUAUUUAAAUAGAGCUCUAAUAAUAUGUAAUGUGAAAAAGAAGAAAUGGAUCAGACUGGCCUUAAAAGUCGAAUCACUGAACUACAAACUCAGUUGGUCUACUUUCAAUAAAAUGACCGUUCAUAAAAGA